CGGCACAGCACGGCACGGCCGCGCUGAGCCCGGCUGGAGGCCACCCCCACCCCGCCAGCGGCUGCCCCCAGCCUCUGCCGCGCUGCUUCCUCUGCCGGCCUCCCCCACGUGACACGGCCUCCGCUCGCGCCCCUUGCCCGGAUCCAACAUGGCCGCCGGCGAGACCCCUUCCAAAGUGGGCAUCAUGCCCGACUUCAAGAUGGUCUUCAACGGAGGCUAGCCGGAGACAUCCUAGCGGGUCAGUCCCAGCGCUGCGGCCCGAUAACGUAAUCCAUGGAUAAAGUGGGAAAGAUGUGGAACAAUUUCAAAUACAGGUGCCAGAAUCUCUUCAGUCAUGAGGGUGGAAGCCAAAAUGAAAAUGUAGUUGUGAACUCCAAUAGUUGCUCAUCUGCUAAGGAAAAAACUGUCCAGAUAACUGACUUGGCUCAGCAACCCAGCAGCCCUUUGAGAGAAAACAUUGCUUUCCAGUUAGGCUUGAGUCCUUCAAAAACUUCAGCAAGGCGUAACCAAAACUGUGUCACAGAAAUUCCUCAGAUUGUUGAAAUAAGCAUUGAGAAAGAGAAUGACUCAUGUGUCACCACGGGAGCUAGACUUGCUCGAAGAGACUCUUAUUCUCGGCAUGCUCCUUGGGGUGGGAAAAAGAAGCAUUCCUGCUCUACAAAAACUCAGAGCUCCCUGGAUACUGAAAAAAGAUUUGGUAGAACACGAAGUGGUUUGCAGAGGAGGGAGAGAAGGUAUGGGGUCAGCUCUGUCCAUGAUAUGGAUAUGGUCUCAAACAGGACAGUGGGUAGCCGUUCUCUGCGACAGCGUCUACAAGAUACCGUUGGGUUAUGUUUUCCCAUGAGACCUUACAGCAAACAGUCCAAACCUCUGUUUUCUAACAAAAGAAAGAUCCAUCUCUCUGAAUUAAUGCUUGAGAAAUGCCCUUUUCCUGCAGGCUCAGAUUUGGCUCAGAAGUGGCAUCUGAUUAAACAACACACAGCACCUGUGAGUCCUCAUUCAACUUUUUUUGACACAUUUGAUCCUUCCUUGGUUUCCACAGAAGAUGAAGAAGACAGGCUCAGAGAGAGACGUAGACUUAGUAUUGAAGAAGGGGUUGAUCCCCCUCCCAAUGCCCAAAUACAUACUUUUGAAGCCACAGCACAGGUUAAUCCGUUGUAUAAACUGGGACCAAAGUUAGCCCCUGGUAUGACUGAGCUGACUGGGGACAAAAACAUAACACCUCUGAGUAACUGUGACUCUGAAGAGGACACAACAACGCUUUGUCUGCAGUCACGCAGGCAGAAGCAGCGCCAGGUGUCUGGAGAGAGCCACGGCCACCUCAGCAGGCAGGGGGCUUGGAAAGUGCACACUCAGAUUGAUUAUAUCCAUUGUCUUGUGCCAGACUUACUUCAGAUCACAGGUAACCCAUGUUACUGGGGUGUGAUGGACCGCUAUGAAGCAGAAGCACUUCUGGAGGGUAAACCCGAAGGCACUUUUUUGCUCAGGGAUUCUGCGCAAGAGGACUACCUCUUCUCUGUGAGCUUCCGUCGCUACAACCGAUCGCUGCAUGCACGCAUUGAGCAGUGGAAUCACAACUUUAGUUUUGAUGCCCAUGAUCCCUGUGUGUUUCACUCCUCCACUGUUACAGGGCUUCUGGAACACUACAAAGACCCUAGCUCUUGCAUGUUCUUUGAACCAUUACUUACUGUAUCUCUGAACAGAACUUUCCCCUUUAGUCUGCAGUAUAUCUGCCGGGCAGUAAUCUGCAGGUGCACUACAUAUGAUGGAAUUGAUGACCUUCCUCUACCCUCAAUGUUGCAAGACUUUCUAAAGGAGUAUCACUAUAAACAAAAAGUCAGGGUACGAUGGCUGGAGCGAGAACCUAUGAAAACAAAGUAAAUGGAAAUCAGAAUAAGAUUCUGGAAUAUGCUUUUCUUAUGGGUGUGUGUUACAGUUUAACUGCAGCGAGUGCACCAACAGCGUCCUAGCUUUUCUGCAAUACCCUACUUAAGCUGAGUGUUAGUAUCCUGUCAGAUGCUGCCUGCUGUUAAUCAAACUAAGUUGUGAUGCCUCUUGGAAACAAUAAGCAGACGCAAUUCUGCACGUUUUUGAUUAAGGCCUAAUGAAGAUAUUUUUGCUAAUUUCUGAAUAUUUUGUUUCCCUUUUAUAUCUGUAGUAAUUGGGUGAAGAAACUAUGUGGCAUUUUCCAUGGGCAUUCAUGUGAUACUAAUAAAGAAAGGUUUUAUUAAAGGAGCAUUUUUGCUACUAUUUGAACUAUUUUUUUAAAUUAUCUUCUUGAAAGCUUUCUACUGCUCAAAGCACUAAUUUAGCUCACAAACAAAUUUCCAAAUAAUAGUGAAUAAGAGUAUUUUCUUUUAAUGAAGAAGCAGUCCAUUAAGAGUUAAUGGUGCUUUGAUGCUCCCAGAUGAAUCAUGCUUUUCUCACCCUAUAAGGUUUCCUAAUCAUUAAAACUUGAAUAUGCCUGCUCAGUACUGUAAUGCUGUUUUAAACACUUGGAGAUUUAAGUGGCAUUGUUAGCAAAACUAAUUCUGUCUCGGACAGAUAAAUACCUUCUAGUGUGAAUUGCUGGUUCAGUGGCAGGACAUGGGAUUAGGUUAUUGACAUGAAACAAAGGUUUACUCUUUUUUCUAAAUCAGAAUUUGGUGGUUCAACUGCUAGUAACUUACUAUGGAAGGUAGUAGUGAAGACAAAACAAUAUUUAAGUUACCUGGCAUUUUUGUGGAUAAAAUUACAAGCAAUUGAAGAAUUGGAAUGCAAAAUCUGGCAUAUCCAAAGUAAAUGUCAGGUUUCAAAGGUACUGUUACACUUUUUUUGUAAAUCUCUUUCCAUUUGUGCUUUUAAAAAUGUUUUUAAAGUAAUAUGCACUGAUUAUAGUUUCAACAGAUUACUUGGAAACAGGAUUAUGUUUGCUUAUUUAAUUGGAGGAGAACUUAAAAUAGUUCUGUCUUGGACAGUUUUGCACUAAAAUUCUGUUGGAAUGCCCUGACCCCUGUUUGAUGUUUUGUACCAAUUACAAGUGCUCCCUAGUUUCUUUACCAGCUGCUACAGUUUGUUAUUACUUACUUCUCUAUGGCAGUGACCUGAGUGAGGUAGGAAACAUUUUGGCUGCAAGUACAAUAAAUGUUAUUCUCGUACGCUACACUAACCCUUCUAUUGAUGUAUUUUUCUGCUUGCUGUGCCUUGUUCUGGCUUUUUGUGCUAAUAAAGUACAGUAUGUUCAGUGUUAUACUUGUAUAUCUGCUCUGUUUUUAUAUACUCACGUAACUUGUAGCAGUUAACUGAAUUUUUAAUAGGCUUUUCUUAGUACUUAGUAUAGCUAAUGCACAAAUACUGUGCAGUUGAAUAUUGGUUGAUCAGCACACCCCAUUACUGGUUUUUGUUGCGUACUUACCAGAAAACCUAACAGUGUACACCAUCAAAUAAUGUUUCUGUAGUCACUGCAAAGUACUGGACUCAUUUGUAGGCUUAGAGUGUUUUACAGUUUUCAUAAUGCAAAGGAUAAAUGUUAAGUAAAAUAUUCUAAAGCACUACUGAUCCCCUGUAAUGAUUGCUGAAGAUGCUUCAGCUUGUUACAUAGCUAACUGCUAAGCUUAAUGUUUUAAUACUCCUCACUGAGUAAGGAAUGGUUAUUCCUUUAAAUUGACAGUACAGUGGUGACAUUUGCUGACUUUUAGACUAAUACAUAGAUGUACACACAAACUGGUCAAAUGUCCUGUUUUUUACCAAAGAAUACUGUCAAUUUAUCUUGGGGUACUAUUUUUAGUAAAAGACAGUGGAGAGGUGCAAUUUCUGUUCUAUCAAAUAUUUAUCCCAAGCUAUGACAAACCAAAGUAUUUAACAACUUCAUCUGAACUUUAAUGUGUACAUUUAUGUUGAUGGAGCCUAAUACUUUUACAUCAGCAGUGUUGUUAUUUUUCUUGAACUCAGAAUGCACCAAAAGGGGAAUGGUUUAAGUAAUUUUUUUUUAAUGACUGGAACAGCACUACAUCAUAGAAGCUCAUACUACAAAGGGUUAAGCUGAAGCACCCAGAAAGCACUUUAAAACAUGUCUUUAUAUUGCUUGUGGAAAAUUUGUGAUCCCAUUAUGCAUUGUUUGUAGUAACUUAUCUUCUUUCCUGUGUUGAAAGACUUCAACUGUUAAACACAACGUUGUUUAGAAUAUGUAAAUACUGAGUUUAUGUAAGUAUGUGUACAAAUGUGCUAAUGAUCACUUAUAUUUUGAAUUGUGUGUGUCAUUGAAUAUGCAACUUCUGGUUUAAAAUCUGUUCUAAGCAUAAAAAGAGGGAAAAAAAAUCACCAGCAUGAAAUUACACCUAAGUGUACCUUCACUGUGUAGUUUUCAUGAUUCCUUCAGUUGGAUCUGAGUUCCAUGUGAGUUUACUUUAAAUCUUGCUUUCAAUGUUAGCAUCAUACAGUCAACCUGCAACCAAAUUUUGUCUUAGUGUCCAAUUUUUUUGUUUACUCCCAUUGCAGUUGCUUGUCAUAAACUAACUGAUGAGAUUCUAGCUGUCACGUUAUCAGUGGUCAGGAAUACACAUUCACUUAAUUUUUUUAUCAUGUGGUGGAAUCUCUGGGAAAAAAAAAAACAAACAAAUAAACACCCCCCUAAACCCUUACCUGAGAAAGUUUGCUCUUGCAUGUGUGGUUUUGUUUUUUGGCUAUUUUUAAAUCUUUAUGGAGAGGAUUUCUUGCUACUCCAAAACACACGGGAAUGAUCUCUUUCUCUACAGUUCUUUAUUAAAGCUUUGCUUCACUGAAAUACACAGAACACCUUGCUAGUGUGGUUGUGCUAAAAAGAAUCACUCUUUGAAUUAUAGUAGACUUGAGCAUUGCCUGCUCAAGUUGGCUGUGUAUUUGUUAACAAAUACACUUUGAGUUGUAAAGGCACUAAAAUGUUAGCAUGGUGAGAAUUCAAGUAGUUGAUUCCUCAUGUGUUUGAGCAGUAUGCUUUAACUUUUAGAACAUUUCUACAUGUAUCCUGCAAAAGAUUUGCACAAACCACUGAUUGGUUGUGUUUUUGGGUGGCCUUUUUUUGGCAAUAAGAUUCUAUACUAGCAUGAUUCUAAUUUAAUUUGGUUACAUGGCAGAAAUCUUUAAGCCUCAGUCUUGUUAAGUCUUCUUUUGAGGUGAUUCUCAUUUCUAUAGAAAGGGCUUGCUUGGUAGGCUUAUUUUGCAGAAAAUCUCACAAAGCUGUUUGUAUUUGAAACGAGCAGGGCAGGUGCUGCUGUGUGGGAAUGAAGAUCUCUGAAUGCCUGGCAUGAUGGUUUUGUUAUGUAUAAAUGUACACAGAUCUUAGGAAGCCAGCAACAGCUCCAGUUAGAAAAAAUAUAGAAGUGAAAAUAAUUUCCAUAUAGAAUAUUAUCUAACAUUGAAAGAAAUCCUUGUGUGGAGAAAAUAAUGUCAUUCAUGCACAUGGAGUUGUUUUACUCUUAACUGGAUCAUUGCUUAUAGAACAGUAUUACAGCUAAAAGAUUAUGGCAUUAAGUCAAUCUUUUUAGAAAUCUAUUUUUAUCUCCCUAUGGAAUUGGAGGAAAGUAAUGAUAUUGACUAUAUGUAAAGGUCUGUGGGUUGGGGCUUUUUAGCACUUUUAAAGGCAUGAUUCUUCUGAAACUGCUCCUAAGGACAUGUAGACCCCUGUCCUGAUAAUUUCCUUCUCAGAAUGAAAUUUCUCUUAAGACAUUUUAAAAGCCAUGCUUUGAACUUGGAUACUUUACAUUUUGUGCAUUUUUGAAGACGUGUUACUUAUAAAAUGUUAGUCUCUAAAUAAGCAGUAGUCUUUGAAAGACUUGCCUAUGUAUCCAUAGUGUUUGAUAAGAUGAAUUGAGGCCUUUGCUAGACUUCACCCUGACAGUCACUUGCAUCCUUAAGUCCAUAGUUAAGGUCCUGCAUUACUUCAAAACAUGCAAAGAUUCUGUAUUCCUGCAAUGUGUGCAAGCCAAAGUACUUGCAGAAUGCUUUAAAGCUUGUUUCUGCUGCUAAGUUGCAUGCAAGACUGAAGCUACCAAGUCUGAAAUUGCUGAGUACCAGAAAGAUGAAUCUGCAGGGAGCAAUUUUUUUUUACCCCAAAGCUGCCCUAAAUGGCAAUAUUUAAUAAAAAAAAAAUUGGAACUGAAUCUUCUGUGAUUCUUUCUAAAAUAGCAAUAUACUUUUCUAUUUAAAACCAUUCCUUUGGAAAAUUAUGAAGGUUUUCCUAAAGCAGUGUGAAAUGAUCAGAUAUGUGCCAAACCUUAGUCUUCAUGCCUCUAGCCUCUGUGUGUGUGUGUUUGUGUGUUCAGAAUGUGCCUCCAAGCAUGUGUGCAUUCAUAGCCUUUUUUGAAGCUACCUGAAGUAUACCUGUCUGAUGAGACUUAAUCUAUUUGAAUUCUCAAAAUCCUCUCUACCUUUCUAUCUGUGCAUGGCAUGCAUUGGAAGUAAAAGGAGUAUUUUAGUGGUAUCUUCAGCUGUAUUUAUAUGUUACAGCCAGUUGACUUGUGCGUGUUUCCCUGCUAUUGCCACACUUGCCUGAACAACUGCCUCUUGACAGUUAUCAAAGGAGAAUUUUUGUCUUUAGUUUGUUCAUAAUACCUUUUGCUCUAAAUCUUAAAAUAGAUGGAAACUGAAUCAUUUAGCUUGGCCAUGGAUUAUGUCUACCAAAUGCAGCUGACUUUAAAAAAGCUGAAAAUGCAGACAUUUGUUCUUCAUUGAAAAAUUGAUGAUGGCUUUGAAAAGAAAAAGACAUGGUAUUUUCACAGCAAAGUGCAUGAAUAUUUUGCAAUGAGGCAAGGCUCUCCUGAAGACACUUUUUAAGAAGUUUUACCCCUCUCACUGUCUCUUAAAACUCAUUAAAACAACAACACCACCACACAAAACCACACCUCUUGAUGACUUUAACCUUGCGGUCAUUUAAAAGACCGAAAAGAAAUGGGGUGUUUUUACUGCACUGAGCUGUGUGAUGCCACCCUGAUUUAAGAGUAGUCGUUUGACAAAGCAGACUUUAAAUCUGUUAUUUCAAUGAAGCAUUGCCAUUUCUUAUUUUUAUAAAUCAAUCCAUUUACAGAAGUUAAAAAAAGAAGUAUCAGUAGGGUGUUCACCUGAUUCUGUCGUGAAAUCUGUUGUUCUGGAGGUAACUUGUGUACGCUUUUCAAGCUGAAUAGAUGUCCAAUUUGUAAAUUUGCAUUAAAGCUACAGCUGUUAUCAGCUUGGUUUCUUAGGGCAAACGUAAUGUAUUCAUGAGCUGAAGCUCCUGGUGUUUGACUCUUUUUUCUGUCUUCAGUAGUUGUUCGUGUGGCACAGCUAGCGUUGCAAAUUUUCUUAAGCACAGAGCUACACUGACAAGCAGAAACUUACCUGAACUUGCUUGCCUGAGGUAAAGCAAUCUUUGAUUUCUCAGCAGGGGUUGUAACAUGGUGGCACAUUGGCAAAGAGGAAGCAGAAUUAGGUUUUGCUCUUCUUUUGAGCAGCUGUUAAAUUGAAUGUGUGCUUCCUCUGUGGUAAGGUUUACUAACUUCUUAGAGCCCUGAGAAUUUCAAUAGCUUUUGGAAGACGCAGAAGUCCUUGGCUGCUUUGUCACUUCUUGCUCUCAUACUUGUAGUUUUGCAGCAGCAUGAAGAAAUUAUUUAUCCAAAUUGAAUCUAUGUAGUCACCAACUGUAUAAGCACUUCUUUGUAGUAUCUUUACAGAGAUAGCAAACUGCUACACGAUUACAUGUGAAAUGUUUUAGGAGAAUGAAUAACGACACUGUGGGCACAAAUCAAUUCAGAUUGCACUAUAAUGUUUCUUACCAGAAGCCUUCAUUCUUACAGAAGAACUAUGCCAUCCCUGCACAGAAAAACUGUGGCUUUGGUGAUGUGCUCUUUGGUAGGUGUCCAAAAAAGUGGCACCCAGAUGGUCCCUGGACCUUUUCUUGACAUUCCAGCUGAAGGGGCCCUGGCAGGCCCGCCGGGCAUUCGAGGAGUUGGUUGGCAAGUGUGCCGUGCCAAGCAUUACCCGAUGCCAGCACCUUGUGUAACUGCACUCGUUUGGGUCUCCCUAGCUUAGAUGGCUUUUAACGUGCUGCAGCUUAAAUGUUUCUUCACCUUGGCUAAUUUAUCUUUGUUAUCUGGUUGACAAACUGUCUUGCAUCUUAAUAUAGUAAGAAAAUAAUGUGAUUUAUGGCUACUCAACCAUUGUAUUAGUAAUAGAUGACUCUGUCUUAAUAAAUGGGGUAUAAACUACCA